AUGCAGAGUGUGGUCUGGCUCUGGCUGGGGGCAUGGCUGGGGAUGGCCAUGGGGACAACCCCAACCCCAGCCAGCCUCCUGAUGCUACUCACCUCAAACCAAAGCUCUCUGGACAGGGAUGCCCUGGGCUCCCUGUUAAAUACACUGGUGGCCCGUGUGCAAUGCCCAGAUGAGCCGUGUGGAAAGUGCAUAACCGUGGAGAAUGUCCUGGCCCUGGGGGGGCAGAGUUCAGUCCUCCAUUCUCGGGAUGUGGCCCGCUUCUGUGCUGGGAUGGCUCUCUAUCUCAGUGAUCCAGAGGGCACUUGUGCUGCUAUCCAGGGAGGCAGCUGGGGUUCCCAAGCUGACAGCCUCCUGCAUUCCUUGGCCUCUGCCGGGGCCCAUUAUGCCAACAUCCUGAAUCGCCUUCUUCAGCAGAUCCAAGGGCAUUACCCAGAAGGUACAGGCCAUGGUGAGAGUUGUAUGGACACGCACCAGAUUUUGGAGGAGGCAGCAGGAGCCCCGGGACCUGAAGGCCAAGGUCCAAGCCGGGCUCUGGCUGCUGUCCUGGACCACAUCCUAGCUGGGUCCUGCUUCCAUGUCCUGCCCAGUCCCCAGUACUUCAUCGAUUUCAUCUUCAGACUUCAUGGCAAUGAGUCACGAAACCUCACUCUGUCUGAGCUGCAGGCUCUGAUGAGCCAGCUGAGAGUAGGGAGGGAGGCUGAGGUCCAUCACCAUGACAACAAGGAAGCGCACCACCAUCACAGAGAGCACAGCCUGGAGGGGAGGACAAGACACCAGCCGAGGUCCCCUCAAAGGGCCCAAGCAGGACACCCUGACAGCGUCUGGGACACUCUGUGCCUGAGUGGCUCUGAUGUCCUGGAAGUGUAUGGGCUGUCAGAGGAUGAUGGCGUGUCCCCGGAUGCCUGGGCCCAACUCAGCCCAGCCCUACUCCAGCAGCAGCUCAGUGGGGCCUGUUUAUCCGUUCAUGUCAUCCCCCAUGAGAAGCUCAGUGUGUCUGCAAGAUACCUCUAUGGCUCCCUAGCCAUACUGAUCAUCUGUCUCGCCUCUGUCUUUGGCCUGGUGGUUGUGUUCUGUGCCUCCUGCAAGGAUGUCUCCCACUAUGUCAUCCAAACCUUCCUGGGCCUGGCUGUGGGCUCCCUUACCGGGGAUGCUGUUCUUCAUCUCAUCCCUAAGGUGCUAGGCCAGCAUUCCCAUGCGGAGGCAACAGAGCACCAGGGUCCUGAACUUGUGUGGCGGCUCUUGGGCCUAUUGGGUGGCCUCUAUGCCUUCUUCCUCCUUGAGAACCUCUUCAACAUUCUGCUGCCCCGAGAUUCAGAGGAGGAAGAGGAAAGCCAUGCCUGCAACCACAGCCACAGCAUAUCUCUGCAGCUGGUGACAGAAGAACUGUCACACCAGAAGCAGCAACAGCAGCAGGCAGACUCUCGGAUAGACCUGGUAUCGAAUGAGAACCCACAGGUUUCUGGUCUGGAUCACCAAAAACAGAGCCGAGAAUUGCAGCUUCUCCCCUACAUGAUCACCAUUGGAGAUGCCCUUCACAAUUUUGCAGAUGGGUUGGCUGUGGGCGCUGCCUUUACUACUUCUUGGAAGACUGGUCUGGCUACCUCCCUGGCUGUUCUAUGCCAUGAGGUGCCCCAUGAACUUGGGGACUUUGGUGCCCUGCUUCAUGCAGGGCUGUCAGUGCGCCGUGCCCUGCUGCUGAACGUGAUCUCCAGCUUGACAGCCUUUGCUGGGCUCUAUGUGGCUCUGGCCAUUGGGUCCAACGAGGAAAGUGAAAUCUGGAUCCUCACGGCUGCCACUGGGCUCUUCUUGUAUGUGGCACUCUGUGAUAUGCUGCCAUCAAUGAUGAAUGUGAGAGACAAGAGACCUUGGCUACUCUUCUUCCUGCACAAUCUGGGGCUCCUAGGUGGCUGGGCCAUCCUGCUGGUGCUGUCCCUAUAUGAAGACAACAUCACCUUCUGAUCCUUUGCUCACCUUCUUGGCACCCUGUGUGACCCCUGAUGCUUCAGUGCCCACUCAGUACCCUCUGCCUGCCAGUGACUCCCCAACUCUGAUUCAGACUCAGCUCAGCCCUCUGACUCCUUCUGCCACCUUGUGUAAUGCACUAAUCACUUGUCCAGGAUGCUCUUUGAUAAUUCUUGAGUUGAGGGGUCCCUAGGUUGUCCCCAUCCCCAUCACCCUCUAGAAUCUUUCAAUAUUCCUUCAUUAGAGUCUCAGAAAGAAUUUCUACAAAAUAUUUUCUUUUUUUUAUUUAUAUUUAUUUUUUCU